CGCCCCUGUUCUCAGGGGGGAAAGAAGUAGAGGUAGAAAGAGGAAGCAGCAUGUAGUUAAAAUCGAACACCUCGUCUUCAGCACUUCUCUGUUUCAUCAACCAAAUAAUGAAGCACUCCGAGGGAUUUUUCUCACUUGGUUUGACUGUGACUGGAAGAUAACAGCAAGUUUUAUGAUCCCAUCAUGAGGCCUAAAAAGUGCUGGACUCUGCUGCAUGUGUCCGUCUUGGCAGUGCUGCUUCUCGCCACAAAAGCUGACAGUGAAGAUGAAUGUGAAGUCCAAAUCAGAGUUAGCCGCAACAAAAAAUACAACGCUCUUCUUGGGGAAGAACUACAAAUCGAAUGCCCAGUUAAUUUCUGCAACAAUUCACCACCAACAAUCUCCUGGUCAAAACUCGAGGAAACUAAUAUUCCUGUUAACGUCAGCCCCGGCAGUGGCUUUAGAACAGAAUGGAAAACUUUAAAGGAUUUAAACGGAGUAUUUGUUCUGAUAAUUCAAAACUUUGUCAGAAACGACUCAGGUGUAUAUCAGUGCCAAAGUGGUUCAACAAUGGGACAUAAAAUCAAUGUUUCUGUUAAUGAUGAUGGAGGGACUAGCAAUGCUACAGAAAAGAAUAACAUAAACAGCACAACUGGGAGUUCUGGACUUCAAUUAGAUUUCUGGACGUACGUGUACGUUGCUGCUGGGAUCGCUGCAUUCGUUGUCAUUGUGAUAAUUGUAUCAGUCGCAUCAAUGCAAGGCUGUAAAGGAAAAUCGAAGAAAGAGAUCAUGGAGGACAGUCAGUAUGUGGUUAUUCCAAUGGUCGAAAAUCCUUUCCCAAACCCCGUCCAGCCCUCACCAAGAGGAAGCCCUGCAGUGCCGCUAGCUCGGAGAUCUACCAGGAGAAAGAUGCCGCAUUCGCAGCCCAACAAGUCGCCAUUACCGAGAGACGAGUGCGUUUACAGCAGGGUUAAAGAGGACAGAGAUCGUCAGAGGAAUACGUUGGAAGAGGAGGGGGGUUCUGUUGUGUAUGCUGCACUCAACCAUGAGAUCCCACCUAGAGCUCCUGCUCGGCCACGGCGGCAGAUCGAGGAAAGAUCGGAGUAUGCAGCGAUCCGUAUUAGAGACCCCAACAGUUCUUAGACACUAGAGGACCACUGAUGGAUCAAACUUAUACAACCAAGAAAAAAGGAUGGACAAAGACUUCAUUUACACUUUUGUAAAAACUGCUUCUUUACGAGAAUGAUGCAGUGCAACUCCAACCAAUCUACCUGAGACACCAGACUUUUCCUUGAAUGUUAGCGCUCAAAUUAGCAUCUAUAAGCAGCAGCUUGAAACCUGUACUUUGCUAAGGUUUCAUGACCUACUCCCAGCUGUGUUAGAAGUGUAAAAACGUAAGUUUACUCAAGAUAUACAACUGUUUUUAGAGCUCUAACACCAGUUUUUCCUUUCUUUGGCAGCCUCCAACAUCCUGUUACAAGCAAGAUUAGCACAGACAGUGAUGAAUAGCAAGUCAUCCUGCACAGAAAGCUGCAGCUAUAGAAAAAUAGACAUCAAGUAAAAUCCAGGAAACAAAUCAGAAACAAGGAGUAAAAUGUGCAUUGUUUUACUGAAAAUGUGUUGGGCUUUCAACCUCAGACAUCUAGAACUAGCAAGAAAUGCAAAUUAAUCCUGGUGACUCAUUUUCCUUCUUGAUUAAGCAGAGCUAUUGUGGAAGAUGGAAAAAGGAGUGCAAUGUCAAACUAUAGAGUUACAAAACUGGCUCAACUGCCCAUCAGACUAAAUGUACUUUCCACCUAUUUUCUUGUGUAGAACUUGUAAGGGUUCAUUUUGGGUUUGAUAUUUUGCUUCACACGCUCGCUGCAGGUUAAAACUGUGAUCUAUUUAUGUUGUCAAAGACUUGAAUCUAAUGUCAUGUAAAAUCUCAUCUGUUUACAGAAAUGGUUCCAUGGGUUUACAGAAGCUGUUUUCACACAAGCACAACAGUUAGGGGAAAUUUCAGGGUGAGCGCCACAAGGGUAUGCAAAUAGCAGAAUUAUUUGGCACACAAUAACUUGUAAUUUUCCUGCCACCUCCACCAUAAAAUCUUGUGUCAUGUUGGGAUACGAUGAUGCUCAUGAUUAGCCAGCUAAACGUUUCAAGUCAGAUUCCUUCGUCAUCAGCACCAGAACUACAAGUCAGCCAAACUAGUAAUCAGCAUUCAUUUUAUCAUUUCAGGCCCACAAUGCCAGUGAAAAACUCCAGCUACUGCAGCUGCCUGCCACUGGUAGCCAAUGUAGUUUUAGUGGUCUUAAAACUACUGGCUUUAACUGGGUAUAAACAACCACUUACUGCUAGCACCUAUACCCUCUUGUGGGAACAGUGCAAUUUAGCACUGUUCUGGUCUAGGAAAUAGAGAUAAAGUUGUCCAGUGGCUGUGUCAGGUUAUACUCACAUGGAAUGCAUCUAUGAGAUUGUGGGAUUAAUAACUGCAUCACUUGUGAUGCUAAAAUGCCAAAUAAAAUGACCAGCAAAAUAAAUGUGUUAAAGUAUCCAGGAUGUACUGGAGUUAAAGGCAGAGGUGUUUCCAUCUGUUUAAGUUCAACCAGGUUUGCUGGACAAGGAGUAAAUUAUGGUUGUUUAACAAAGAUUUUUAUUAUUGUACUGUAGCUGCCCUCCAUUAGUUGCCAGUGUAGUUUUAGUAGUCUUGAUCACCACUGCCUUACUGCCACAAUGCUCUUUAAUUGGAUGUAAACAACCCCUGUUAGCAUUGAUAGCAUUUUGUGGGAACACAAUUUAGCACUGUUCUGAUCUAGAAAAUGGGGAUAAAGUUGUCCACAGGCUCUUCCAGGUUAUACACACAUAUUACUGAAGCACUGAUUCCAAAAGAGGAUUCAAGGCUGGUGGUGCUAGCACUAAUUUAGCAUGGUAAUGUUGUAAGUAGUUUAACUGUUGAAUUGGGUUAUGUGUAAUUAUACAGAUGAUGCCUCAUAGUGUCCAAGGCAUGGAGUACACCUCUUUAUGAACAGAAACCUGAUAGAAACUACCUGUAGCCAUGGGAGAGAGGAUGAUUCUGUUUAGCACCAUUCAGUAGUUUGUAAUAUGUGUUCAGAGAAUCACUGAGAAAAAUCUGGACUGAUAUGGCAGGUCAAGACAUAAGUGAAGAAGUUGGUCUGCCUGGAAUUUAGCAUUUUUGUAAAAAAAAAAAAAAAAAAAAAAAAAAAUUGAAUAGAUUCAUGAUAACUGAACAAGCUAAGCUAAGCUAACUUGUUUAGUCAUGUAAAUGUUCAUUUGGCCUGUUUUAGUCUAAUAAUGCCUUACACUUGAAAGUAUAAAUUGAGGAUCUGACUGCACUUCAUAUUGACUGAUAAAUCAUGCUGUAUUUCAUAACAUAACGCUCUUUUUGAUAAUAAGACAUCAUUGGAAAAUCAACACUGAUAACUGAAUCGAAAGUAAUAGCCUGUUAGCAAGUUAGCCGUUUAUUUGCUCACAGUUGCUCCCAAUCUAUCUUGAAAGUUAAACUUUUUUAAACAUUCUUGCAGAACAAAAAUAUAACAGUUGAAGAGUUUUGCUGGAAAGUCAGAUAUCUCAGAGAUUACCAUAAGACUGAGUAGGCUUCUGGUCAGAUCUGUAACAAUACACAAGUGGAAACAAGGGGUCAGAAAACCUUAUCUUGGGUAAGCAAGGGUCAUGACGUUUAUAUUAAACAACUGUUGUAAUCUUUGUGCAAUCACAAAAGCAUUUCCAUGCUCUUUCCCUCUCAUCUGUUGCUACUUUCAGUAAGUCUACUUACAGCAUGGAUGUAAAGGCAAAACCUUUGAUUACAAUGUUUGACUUUUCCUCCACUGUCUUCAGACACUGUUCAAUAGUGAAAACUUCCCACCAUGAGAGAUAAUAUUUCAGGGGCAGGUUUUCCUGACAUUUUUGAGAAAUUUUCAGGAGUGCAUGUGUGAAAACAGCUUAAAAGUUCUCAUUUAACGACUGUAAGAAUGCCUAAACAGCCUCCGUAAUUCUAUCAGCCUGUGAUUGUUUAACUCAGGUAAAGAGAAUGUAUUGAUAAUGACAUAUUUUGUGCAAUCAAAUAUAUGAAUCAGUGUCUGCUUGAUUUUAAUGAAUAUAUGACUUCCAUUCUUUCUCUAUAAACAUCUUA